GCAAGAUGUCCUUUGCACCUGCUCCUCCGCCUCCCACACCGCUUGGUCGUUAUCGAGUACUGUCACCGUUGGCCGGAAUACGUGUCUCACCACUCAUACUCGGAGGCAUGAGCAUCGGAGACGAGUGGGCCAAAGUCGGCAUGGGAGCAAUGGACAAGGAGUCAUCUUUCAAUCUCCUAGACGCAUAUUAUGAAGCCGGAGGAAACUUUAUCGACACCGCCAAUGCUUACCAGGAAGAAUCGUCCGAGAUAUUCAUUGGAGAAUGGGCCGAAAAACGCGGUAUCCGAGAUCAGCUUGUGAUUGCAACAAAGUACUCCACACUCUUUAAGCGCGGCGAUGACAUCAAAAUCAAAAUCAACUACAUGGGCAAUAAUGCAAAGAGUCUCAAGAUCAGUGUAGAAGCCAGUCUCAAGAAGCUUCGGACUCACUACAUCGACAUUAUGUAUGUUCAUUGGUGGGAUUUCAAUACUUCCAUCGAAGAAGUCAUGGACAAUCUGCAUCAUCUUGUCGUCGCGGGUAAGGUUCUAUACCUCGGUAUAUCUGACACGCCAGCUUGGAUCGUCUCCUACGCAAAUCAAUACGCCAAAGCCAACGGCAAAACACCAUUCGUGAUUUAUCAAGGUGCAUGGAAUGUAAUGGACCGUAGCUUUGAGCGUGACAUUAUUCCCAUGGCACGGACGUGUGGUCUUGCUCUCGCGCCUUGGAAUGUAUUGUCGGCUGGUCGCCUACGCACGGAUGCAGAAGAGAAGAGGAGGUUAGACUCGGGUGAAGGGGGUCGGACGUGGUAUGCGCCUGAAGGCUGGAUGAGAAACGAAGACGAAAAGAAAAUGAGCGCGGCACUCGAGAAAGUUGCAAAGGAAAUAGGCACGGAACACAUCACUGCUGUAGCCAUAGCGUAUGUUAUGCAGAAAACGACAUUCGUAUUUCCUAUCAUAGGCGGGCGCAAGAUCGAGCACCUGAUGGCGAACAUCGAAGCUCUUAAAAUCUCGCUUUCUGACGAGCAGAUUAGCUACCUCGAGAGCAUAAUUCCGUUUGAUCUUGGCUUCCCCCAGAGGAUCUUUGGAGAUGGAACACGCGUUCUGGAACACUUAACCGCGGAUGCUGGAAAGGAAGACAGAGUACCUCCGAGACAGCCUAUCCGACCAGCAAAUCUCGGUUGAACUUGAUGUGUACAUUAUGUAGCACGAGAAAUUCAC